AUGGUGAGAGUGAUCAAGCUUCUCCGAGUCGCAAGCUUUAAAUUUCAUUUCGCCAUUUCAGGUGGACGCGCCCAGCACCACGUAUCGCGCACAUGCCAAAGGCGACAUCUUAAGAGAGGUACCCAUAAUAUUGAAAAAGAAAUUGAAUUCGAAGGGAACAACAAGAUUAUUGCGCAUGAUUCCGAGGGAUUUGAAGCGGGAAAGCAGGCAGAGGUGGACGUUGUUUGGAAAUUCAUCGACAGUCGUUCACGGGCAAAAGACAUAAACCAGAAAUUGCAUUUGGUGUGGUUCGUCUUGCCCCUUUUCCUCAUUAUGGGCAAGCUCAGCCGAAUUGCCGCAGUACCGGUUGUGGCCAUUGUGACCAAGUUCGACACAUUUUUACAAGAUAUGCAGCAGAAAUUGGAAGAAAAAGCGGAAGAAGAAGACGAGGAAGUUGAUGAUGACGAGCUCGAAAAGAUUGCUGGUGUUGAGGCGGACAAACGAUUCGAGCAGCACUACAAGAAACCCCUUGAGAGCAUGCAGCAUCCACCAAGGGCCGUUGUAACUCUAUCCGAAGAAACGCAGCGUCAAGCACGAAACGGUUAUGACCUUCGAACGUUUUUCGCCUCUGCCCAAAGUGCCGAUAGUAAAAUUAAACUCAUCACGUCUGCUGUAAAUGGAUUAAAUUGGAACUAUCAUAAAAAUUACUCCGAGAAGAUGUUUCGUGGUGGACCUUUCAUCAAGACUUGGGAUACCUUUUGGACAGACUCUACAUCGGGGCCUCAAGCACCGAUCAAGCUUAUUCGUCUCUUGGAAAAACAUUUGGAUGACAGCCGACGUCUCAUAGGCCACCGACAAUCAUCCGACUUCUCCGAGGUGAAUGCCCACCCGAAUUUGAUGGCUUUCUGUAGGUGGGAACAGCGGGUAGCAGACACGGUGCUCAUCAUGGAGAAAGUCUACGUUUUCAAUAUCAACGAUGAGAAAACGCUUGAAGCUAUGAUAAAAUGGUAUGAUCAGGGCAGCAAUACUGCGACAUACAUUCGGAAGGAAGUAAUGCAACUUUAUCGACAACGCCGGUCAGAGAAGUACAAGGUACCAAAGGAGUGGUCCGAGAAAGUUGCACAGCCGUUAAUCGAUCUUGUGUGCAAGCGACCGGUAGAAGUUCCAGGGUAGAUUUAUGAGCAAAUUCAUCCCCCAGAGCAAACAUCUACACUACAUAUAUCUCGUCAAAUCUCCGAUGCUGACUGAAUGAGCUACUC